CCCAACCACCAACCACCAACCUCUUCGUGAACCCACCACCAACCAACUACAAUGUCGAUCGAGCCCCGCCAACUGUCCUCUCGAGGGCCCUCGCACAACGGCAGCAUACCGCGACCCCCAGGUGCGCUGUCCUCGCGCGAGAACAGCAGACGAGGCCCUGCAGCUGCCUUAUCGACGCCGAGAGGACCUGCCGAGCCACAGUACACUGUCUACAUUCGAUUGCCGUUUCCGAGAAACGGGUUUGUCGAUCCGCCACGGGUCGAGUGGGAUGCCACCAAGGAACGGUACCUGUGGAAGGUGAUUUCUAGGGGAAAUCGGAAUGCUGAUGUUGACUGGGAUGCACUUGCCCAGCACCUCCAAGUCUCGCACGCCUUCCUCCUCCAGCAAGCCGCCUGGCUCUACGAACGCGAGCUAUCCCAAAUCCAAGCGCGAAUGCGGCGAAUGCCCACGGGCGCAGGCGGCGCACUGAACGCGAGCAGUCCCGCGCCGACGCCGUCAUCACCCGCUGCGCCAAUGUUCCCUUCCGCCGCGACUCCGGUAACUCCGACCGCCACCGUGCUGAGGCCUAGUGUUCUGUCGGCGUUCAACGGACGGCAGGCGAGCGGACGCCCGGCGAGGGACGACGGCAACGGCAGUGCAUCACCCGCGGUGGGCCAGAGUGCACCCGAGCAGAGAAUAUCCCCGUCGCUGUCAGUGCGCUCGACCACGCCACGGGCGACACAUACGCCGCAGCAGGGGAUGAGUAGUAAACCGUCAACCAUAACCUCCCGCGUCCCGCACCGACUAACAACAGCGCUCCUCCCGCCGUCGCCCCCAUCCCCCUCAUCGCGCACAUCCAGCUCCAGCAGCCCCAUCGACUCCGUGAACGCAUCCUCGAGCUCCGACGACGACGGCCCGCGCCCGCCGCCCGGCGCACGCUCGCAUAGAAGGCUGCCAACGUUCCGCCACAGCUUUGGAAGCGAGGAUGAGGGCGCAGACGAUACUGAUGAGCCGCUGUUUUUGCCGUUUUCGGCGACGAUUGCUGAUGCUGAUACGGACACGCUGGAGCUGCAGCCGACAAGACAGCAGCAGGGGCAGGGGCAGCCCACGAGGCAACAACAGCAGAUGCACCAGCAGCAGGGACAGCACCAGAACCAGCAACAGGGGCAGCAGCCGGGGCAGCAGCAGCUACAGCACCAGCACGACCAGCAGCAGCACCAGCAGCAGCACCAGCAGCAGAAGCUAGCCACCACGCACGUCACCCGCGCUAGCGGCCGCGUCGAUUCCGCCGGCCCGAGUAGUCCCAGCAUGGGCAGCAGCUUUAGUGAUCUUUCGGAUGCCAGUGUCUCCCAGAGCGCGAUGGAGGAGGCCUUCCUGAGCACUAUGAACGCCGGCGGCGGCGGCGGCGUCGCAGGCGGAGGCAUGGCGAGUCGCAUGUCUACGCUUGGGCAGGCGGUUCGGAGUCGGUAUUUUUAGUGGUGAUACAGGCUGUUAUACAGGCAGUGGAAGGGGGAGAGAGGGGGGAUGGUGGAGGCGGGUGGAUGAGGGUGCAUGAGGGUGCAUAGGUUCGAUUGUACUUGGACUUGGAAUUUUGCAUACGGACUACGGUUAGGCAAUGGGUAAUGAAUGCAUGGAUGCUUGGAUGCUUGGAUGGUUAAUGAAUGCUUGCUGAAUGAUGAGGAUCAAUGUGCGCG